AUGCUCGCCACCGCCGCCGCAAGGCAGCUGGCGCGAUGCUGCGGCGGCCCUGGCGACGACGACGCGUCGUGGGACAGCGCCGCGGAGGACGACGACCCUCCCGACCUGCUCUGCCCCAUCACUGGGCAGCUGUUCGUGCGGCCCGCGCUGCUGUGCGGGCACGCGUUCGAGCGAAGCGCCGUGCACCGGUGGGUGGAGCGCACCGGGCGCCACCCCGUGCUGCAGGACAUCCGGUGCCACGUGGGCGCGAUCCGGGAGGCGCCAGACUUGGAGGCCCUCUGCCGCAGGUUUGCCAGCAGCCAGGGCCGGGGCCUGCGGGGCGGGCGCCGCGGCCUGUUGCGGCGGCUGUUCGUGCGCGGCCCGCGCGAGCCACCGGAUUCGGGGGCGAGCCAACGGGAGCGGCCAGGCGGGCUCGCCUGA